AUGGCCCGGUGGCCCGCACCGCCUCCGCCUCCGCCGCCGCCGCCGCCGCUCGCCGCGCCGCCGCUGCUGCCCGGCGCCUCCACUAAAGGGCCGCCGGCGCGCAAGCUGCUCUUCAUGUGCACCCUGUCCCUGUCCGUCACCUACCUGUGCUACAGCCUGCUGGGCGGCUCGGGUUCGCUGCAGUUCCCGCUGGCGCUGCAGGAGCCCCCGGGAUCCGCCGCGGAGUCCCCGCCGAGCCUGCCGCCUCCCUCGCUGCCACCUCCCCGUGUGCGCUCCGGCGCCUCCUCGCCGCCGCCGGACAACGCGAGCCGCGGGCCACCGCCCGAGCCCCCCGAGCGCUUCACGACACCCGCGGCCGACGGCUGGGGACUGGCGAGCGGCGGCGGUGCUCGGGACGCCUGGCCCAGGAGCCCGCCUGCCCCCGGAGACGCGGUCACGGAGCAGGACGCACUGUUGGGGCGCGGGGCGCAGGAGCCGAGCGCCGCCGAGGAGCUGGAAGGCCGGAGGGCGGCCAACGGGAGUGCGGAACGGGGCCCCGCCAGCACCCCUGAUUAUGGGGAGAAGAAGCUGCCCCAGGCGCUGAUCAUCGGGGUCAAGAAAGGAGGGACACGCGCGCUGCUGGAGGCUAUCCGAGUCCACCCAGACGUAAGGGCAGUGGGAGUAGAGCCGCACUUCUUCGACAGGAACUACGAGAAGGGGCUGGAGUGGUACAGAAAUGUGAUGCCUAAGACAUUGGAUGGGCAGAUAACCAUGGAGAAGACCCCCAGUUAUUUUGUGACGAAUGAGGCUCCCAAGCGCAUCCACUCUAUGGCCAAGGACAUCAAACUCAUUGUGGUGGUACGAAAUCCAGUGACCAGGGCCAUUUCUGACUACACCCAGACACUGUCCAAAAAGCCAGAGAUCCCCACCUUUGAGGUGCUGGCCUUUAAAAACAGGACCCUGGGGCUGAUUGACGCCUCUUGGAGCGCCAUUCGAAUUGGGAUCUACGCUCUGCACCUGGAGAACUGGCUGCAGUACUUUCCCCUUUCUCAGAUCCUGUUUGUCAGUGGUGAGCGACUCAUAGUGGACCCCGCAGGGGAGAUGGCCAAGGUUCAGGAUUUCCUAGGCCUCAAGCGUGUUGUGACUGAGAAGCACUUUUACUUCAACAAAACCAAGGGAUUCCCCUGCCUGAAGAAGCCAGAAGACAGCAGUGCCCCAAGAUGUCUGGGCAAGAGCAAAGGUCGGACUCAUCCCCGUAUUGACCCAGAUGUCAUCCAUAGACUUCGGAAAUUCUACAAACCCUUCAACAUGAUGUUUUACCAAAUGACUGGUCAAAAUUUCCAGUGGGAACAGGAAGAGGGUGAUAAGUGAGGCUGACGGUGUGGAGGGAAGGCUAAUGAAUAGCAAGGAUACUCUUCAGCAGAGUCCCAAAUCCCCCCAGGUUCAGAAGUAUCAGCCAUGGUGUAGUACCAAGUAGAUUGCCAACCUGAUCCAUUCAGGUUAUAUCCAAUGUUGUGGACUUUGGCAGAGGUAUAGAUCUCAUGGCAUCCCUGUGGAGGAACCAACAGUAUCUGGUUGAUCAGAUGGCUACUAAAAUUCACUAUGAAUAGUAUCUUUUACUAGUUAACAGUUAAACAGGAUAAACAUCUUCUAAUGUCACAGACAGAUGCUAUGUUGAGUAUAAGAAAGAAAAAAGAAAGGAAGGAAGAAAGGAGGGAAGAAAGGAAGAAGAAAGGAAGGUGCACAUUGCAGGAACUCUUACUAUAGUCUUGGGAUGCUAUUUGUGACUGAGAGCUCCAAGACUCCCAGGGAGCAAUAUCCUCCCUCCAAGGCCUGUCUAGCCUUCCCAUCAAAGGCCUCAUCCCACAACCCUUUGAUUUCCUCCCUCCCUACAAUAUGAAGGCAAAGGCAUGCACGUAUGUUCUUCACCAAAAAUAAAGUAAAAUAAAAUAAAACAAAACAAAAAAAUACCCUACACCCCUAGAGCCUUCUAUCUGAGAGCCAUCCAAGGUGGGUCUCUAUAUUUUCAUGAGUGUUCUAAAUUACAGAGAAGCUCAGCAUACAUCCUCAUAUUGGGAAAUGGCCUACAUGAAUGCUCCCAGAACAGGGAGAUAGCAUCUGUGUUUUGAGCCCUGAGGUUGGCAAAGAUGAAUGCUUGUAAGUGUGGGAAUCAGCAAACCCCAGCCUCUUGGUGGGUGGCCCCUUAAGUAAAGACCCUUGUUCUUAAGGAUUGUGGUCCUGGAGCAUGCUCUAAGGGAUAGGCUCUGCCCUAGAGGCAAAAACAGAGCUUGUUUGUUAAUUGUUAGUAGUUACCCUUCCAGAUGUGAAGAGGAAGGGAAGACCCAAUGUUUUUCUGUUUGUCUCGCUUCUGCCCUCUCAGGGUCACCUCAUGGUUCAUUUUUCUCUACUCAGAGAUGGCAUUCAUUGGGCCAUUGGCAAGAGUGCUGCUGCUCUGCAGUGUGAAGUGGGGCGGGGGGCAAGGACUGUCUGCAGACAUCCUUUUCAAGGGCUGCCAAAUAAAGUGUCCCUUCCCAUUAGUAUGGUUCAAUUAAAACACAGCGUUUGACAUAAAGCACUUGUUUUGCAGAUCUCCAAAGCCAGGAAUUGUAGUAAAAUUGGAAAUGUGUAUGAGUGGGGAGAGUUGAAUCUGUUCAGCUGUUAUUAAACUGUCAUUUCUCCCACUAAAUGGAAACUGUGUUGUUAUAAAACUUAAUGCAACCUGA